GCUAUCACCAUUGCUACUAGCAUAGCUUGCAAAGUUUCUAAUUGCUACAUACAUAUUCCUUUGAAGAAUUUAAUUUUCUUGAUUAAUUUUGUGAGAGAACAAUUUUUUUUUUCUUCAUACAUGGCUAAAGCUAUAGCAUUGGUUGGUUCUUCAUUCUUGAUUUUGUUGUUGGCUUCUCAAACUGUUUUUGCAACGGAUUACACUGUUGGAGAUGCUUCUGGAUGGACUAACUUUGGUGUUGAUUACAAAACCUGGGCCAGUGGAAAAACAUUCAAAGUUGGUGAUACUCUAACUUUCAACUAUGACACAAGCACCCACCAAGUGGCCGAAGUGAGCGAAAGCGACUACGGUAGCUGCAGUUCAAGCAACGCAAUCAAAACCUACAGCGAUGGCAAAACCAAGAUCACACUUUCCAAGGCAGGCAGUUACUACUUCUUGUGCCCAACAGCUGGUCACUGCUCUAGUGGCAUGAAACUUCAAGUAACUGCUUCUGGUUCUUCUGGUGGGUCCCCUCCUUCAAGUGGGUCCUCAUCCAAGUCCCCAAGUGGGUCCCCUUCUACUCCCUCAACUACACCAGCUACUCCUUCUUCACCUGCACCCAAAGAUAACGCUGCAGUUGGUGUUUCUAGUGGCGUUACUCAAUUCAUUGGGGCUUUGCUUGCUUCUGCUCUUGUUUUGGGAUUUGUGUUCUAGGGAAGAGGCAGUGCUAUUACUUGGAUUAUUUUCUUUAUGUUUUUGAGUUUUCAUUUUUAAGUACAUGUAAUCAUCACUUCUUCUUGGUUUGUUGGAUUAUUGUGUGGAUUUUUAUUAAAUUUGAUCUCAGAUGUAUAUUUAUUUGA